AGGAUGGAGAUUGACAAGAAACUUUUGAGGACUUGAAUGGAGUCAUGUCAGGAUUUAACAACUGGCAUUUUCUGUAUGAACUCGCACUCAGCUGCGCCUACAAACAACCCACCCACAGCCAGCACCCUCUCUGGCAGCCGCUCCUGAGAGUUCAGUUUGGUCACCUAAACGAUGGCCCGUGACACACACUGGUUUGCCGCUUUGAAGACUGCUGAGGAACACACGAUCUGAAUCACUUAAGCAUUAAAAUAGUAAUACCCAUGGAAGAGCCACAAGACUUACCCGAACAACCAGUGAAAAAAGCCAAGAUGCAGGAAUCCAGAGAACAAAGCUUGAGUCACGUAAGCAACGCAGAAGUCAGUGAUCAGAAACCUGAACCUUCAAGCCUUGGCUCAACCCUUCCCAUGUCCAGCGAGAUUAUGACAUGCACUGAUUAUAUCCCAAGGUCAUCAAAUGAUUAUACCUCACAAAUGUACUCUGCAAAGCCAUACGCACAUAUCCUCUCUGUACCUGUGACGGAAACAAUGAGCCCUUACCCUGCUCAGACUCAGUACCAAGCACUACAGCAGUCUCAGCCCUACACCAUCUACCCCCAGACCACCCAAACCUACGGACUACCUCCUUUUGGUGCACUGUGGCCAGGUAUGAAACCUGAAAGUGGUUUAAUUCAGACUCCAUCUACAAGUCAGCACAGUGUUCUUACCUGCACGACAGGGUUAACCACAAGCCAGCCCAGCCCAGCACGUUAUUCUUAUUCCAUUGAAGCAUCAACCACCAAUGCCAGUCCAGUCUCUACAUCCUCAACUGUUGUCAAUAUUUCCACGUCAGCAGCAGCCAGCAUCUCACAGGAAUAUCCUACGUACACGAUCCUCGGCCAGAGUCAGUACCAGACGUGUUACCCGAGUUCUGGCUUCGGAGUCGUAACACCAGCAGACAGCAACACGGAGAGCACUGCGUUAGCAACAACUACGUAUCCAGCUGAGAAGCCAAACGCCAUGGUGCCUACGCGGCCGGUGCAGAGACAUUCCUCUGGAGAUGCAUCCACGAGUCCUUCAUUAUCCAGAGCAGCAACAGCAAGUAAGGAGUUAGAUGAGCAGGCAAGAAAAAACAUCCCUGGGAAGAAUAGGGGGAAGAGGAAAGCAGAUACCUCCUCCUCACAGGACAGUGAGCUGGAGCGAGUGUUUCUCUGGGACCUGGAUGAGACCAUCAUCAUCUUCCAUUCACUUCUCACAGGGUCUUAUGCUCAGAAAUAUGGCAAGGAUCCAACCCUAGUGAUUGGCUCGGGUCUGUCAAUGGAGGAGAUGAUAUUUGAAGUAGCCGAUACUCACUUGUUUUUCAAUGACUUGGAGGAGUGUGACCAGGUGCACAUAGAAGAUGUGGCAUCGGAUGACAAUGGUCAGGAUUUAAGUAACUACAAUUUCUCCACGGAUGGCUUCAGUGGCUCAGGAAGUAAUGCAAACCACAGCUCAUCAGUUGGUGUCCAGGGUGGAGUGGACUGGAUGAGAAAACUGGCCUUCCGCUACCGCAGGGUACGAGAGAUCUACGACAAAUACAAAACUAACGUUGGAGGCCUUCUUAGCCCGCAGAAGAGGGAGGCUCUGCAGCGACUAAGGACCGAUAUAGAAGUGCUAACAGAUUCCUGGCUGGAAACUGCAUUGAAGUCCCUGCUACUCAUACAGUCCAGAAAAAACUGUGUGAACAUCCUGAUCACAACCACCCAGCUGGUGCCAGCUCUUGCCAAAGUUCUCCUGUAUGGAUUGGGCGAGGUGUUUCCCAUCGAAAAUAUUUAUAGUGCUACAAAAAUAGGUAAAGAGAGCUGCUUUGAGAGGAUUGUGUCACGAUUUGGAAAGAAAGUCACCUAUGUGGUAAUUGGAGAUGGGCGUGAUGAAGAGGUUGCAGCUAAGCAGCACAACAUGCCUUUCUGGAGGAUCACAAAUCAUGCAGACCUCGUGUCCCUUCACCAAGCCCUCGAGUUAGACUUCCUGUAAGAAGCUGGAGCAGAGACGUGACUGCAGCUCCCACAAGCCCUCUCCAUCACCAGAGAGGCAGAAAUCUCACACAUUUGGAGACUCACUUCUCAGCUUGAUGAAGAAAACAGACCUAAUGCAAACUGUACAGUAAACCAGGUUGUUUCCUCAGGAGCGCAGGCCCUGCCGAGUACAAAGGUGUCCUACGAAGAAGCACUGGAGUCUGCAGGGCUGGAGCUUGUGUGCAGAGGCUGCCAGAAGCAGGUGAAUCCAGCAGGCAGUCUCCAGAGGGAGGGGUGACACAACACGAGUAUUUGUAAGAGCCUUCUCCUUUCUAUUCAGCUUAGUUGUAGAACCUAAGUAAACACAAAACCUUAUUUUUAUAGACAAACACUGAUGGCAGAGCUGAACCUCCCUUGUUUUGCAAAGCUGAAAGAGCUGUGGCUUUUUUCAGAGGAAAUAUUAAUGAAAAUGUCAAAAAUACCUCUAUUGCUGUGAAAAUCAUCCUCUCUCCUCCCCUUUUAGGUGUUCAAAGCAGUUAAUUUAUUACAAUGUCCUUAUGUUAUUUCCUCAACACGGGAUUACUGGAAAAUAGAAAGAUAAGGGAAUGUUUCUGGGAUACACGAUUCCUUGUGGAGGAAAAUGUUGGUAUUUGGAGUUGAUGUCAGUGGCUCCCAGUCCGAGAGUCCCAGACCAACCCAGAGCGUGGUGCCACAGGAAAUCUAGGAAAUCUACGAAACCCAACCAUUAGAUACAGCACAGUACUCUUGUGGGCUGCACAGACGUGAGCAGAGUCCUCUUCAGGACUAAGGGAGAACGAAAUCCUCAUGGAUGUUAUAGAAGGGUGUGGUUGUUAACCUUCACCUCUGCUUUCCUGACUCCUUUUGUGAGAGUGAGUUCGUUUUAGUAGAAUCAGAGUCAAUUUUCUUGUAUUCUUCUUUGUGUUAGCCUAAGGACAUUGCUAGAAACAAAACCCUUUGAAGAGGGACUUUGUUUUCAAAGACACUGUGACGUGGCAGCCUGGAGCACACUGGCCUUGGGAGCAAUGGUUACACUGAUUCUCCUGCUGCUGUCUCAGAAGGCGAGGCUGGAGCCGGGGAGUGGCAGCACCGCUGGCUGGGGAUGGGCAUCUGGAGACAGGGCUGGCACGGGCGCUGGUUUGGUGCCAGGUCAGGCUGUGUUCAAUGGGAUUUGCCUCCUCCCUGUGCCCCGGUGGCACCAAAUCUGCAGGCACGUGGGUUUUCUGCAGAGGAUGGAUGCCUGCUGCGCGCCUCGCAAGCCUCUGCGGCGCCCCGGCGCCACCAGCUCUGUCUCCAGCCCAGCCCACCCCCUGGGACCCGCGAGGACUGGUCUGGAAACACGAUUGCUUCAAGGAGGAUGCUGACCCGCUCAGGCUGCGCCCACAGAGGCAGGUGCUGUGUUUGCUGCAUUCCUUUCGUGGCAUUAUUUACUGAGGAGUAAUUUCCAUCUGUGCUGGGGAGUUCCUGGGCCGGCUCCGGCCACCACCGUGGAAGAGGUGCCGAGAGGGGGCUGGGAUCCCCAGAGCUGAGAGAUGGGACACUGAGGUCUCCGUUUCAUGUGUUCCUAGCUCCAGUUUUAGGGUUUUUUUUAAAUAAUCUGAAGUCAGAUGAGUUUCUCUUUCUCCACGGUGGUCACAGGAGUGGUUGCUGUCCGUGCAGACCAUUGCUAGGUGUUGGCCUUGUGCUCGCAGGCAGAUGCGCUGGAUCUGCUCUGGGCACACGUUGUCAGUGCUGGAGCUGCUUCUUGCACACAGCGUGGCCUCUUCUCUAUAAGGGGAAUGUGAGGAGCCAGGUUCUGCUGGCGCUGUUCCUGAGCAGCUCGGGCGAGGGCAUUUCUUUUGGCUGCACUGGCAGUAGAGCCCCUGCAGCGAGGAGGGGCCAUGCUCUGUCGCACUCGGCAGCAGGGUUUGGCGAGGAGCAGGAGUGGGAGCCCAUGGGAAUGUGUUCCCAUCUGCCGUGUACACAAGGCGGGGAGCUCCGGGAGCUCCGGUGCGUCCCUGGGUGUUCCUGGGCAGGGAAGGGCACGUAGUUGUGUGCUGACAUUUCACAGCAGCGUGGACCCUGGGCAGAGAGAAAGGGGAGAUGCUGUGGGGCUGCAGCUCUGUUUCCGCUGGAUACAUAAAAAAUCCAGGUCAUCUGGGGCCCAGGGAAGGGUUGUUCUUGCUUCAGCUGGAGUGGAUGUGGUAGGGAUUGAGCCGUGCUGAGAAGCAGCCCUGUUGCUCCCAGGUUCUGAAAUGUUACCAGAGUCAUAGAAUCAUAGAAUUGUUUGGUUGGAAGAAAACCUUUGAGAUCAUCAAGGCCAACCAUCCCUGUUCAGUACUAAAUCACAUCCCUGAGCACCUCAUCUACCCAUCUUUUAAAACCGCUUCUGGGAUGGUGACCCCACCACCUCCCUGGGCAGCCUCUGCCAGUGCCUGAGAACCCUUUUGGUGAAGACGUUUUUCUGAUGUCCAGUCUGAACCUGCCCUGGUGCAACUUGAGGCCAUUCCCUCUCAUCCCAUCACCUGUCACUUGGGAGAAGUGACCAACACCCACCUCACCACAACCUCCUUUCAGGCAGUUGUAGACACUGAUGAGGUCUCCCCUCAGCCUCCUUUUCUGCAGACUAAACAACCUCGGGUUUCACAGCUGCCUCUCCUAACCCUUGUUCUCCAGCCCCUUCCCCAGCUCCAUUCCUCAUCUCCAGC